AUGCCAAGCUUAGGAGGUCUCUUGAAGAAGCGGCGAACGAAGGACUCUCAAACCCUCGCGUCCGAAAUCCCCGGUGCGGCUGACGCGCAUUCGAACCACGCCUCCCAUCCUCAGCCCUCUCACGAUUCUUCCGAAGGCGCCUCCAUGCAAUCCGCCGGGAGCGCACAGGCGUCUCCCCACCACUCCACCAAUGCGGCGAGCAUUAACAAUAUUAUAAACAAUCCCGCACAUGCCACCAAUGCCAGUCAACCGCAGGGCCAGGGCCAGCCCCAAUCGCAAUCGCAGACUCCGACCCAGGCCCAGUCGCAGGUCCAGUCGCAGUCGCAGCAGCAGCAGCAGCAGCACCAAGCCGGUCAACAGAGACCGGAGCGCACCACCAAGGGCAAGUACUCCCAAGAGGACUUCCUGCUCCAGCGUACACUGGGGACGGGUAGCUUUGGUCGAGUGCAUCUGGUGCAGUCGAAACACAACCAUCGCUUCUAUGCGAUGAAGGUGCUCAAAAAGGCCCAGGUGGUCAAAAUGAAGCAGAUUGAGCACACCAACGACGAGCGCCGCAUGCUCAACCGCGUGCGACAUCCAUUCCUCGUCACCCUGUGGGGGACCUGGCAAGAUUCCCGAAAUCUCUACAUGGUGAUGGACUUUGUCGAGGGUGGGGAGCUCUUUAGCUUGCUUCGCAAGUCACAGCGGUUCCCCAAUCCCGUGGCCAAGUUUUAUGCCGCCGAAGUCACGCUGGCCUUGGAGUAUCUGCACGCUCAUCAGAUUAUCUACCGUGAUCUCAAACCGGAGAAUCUGUUGCUGGACCGCCAUGGUCAUCUGAAGAUUACCGAUUUCGGGUUCGCCAAGGAAGUGCCCGACAUUACGUGGACGCUGUGCGGAACACCAGACUACCUGGCGCCCGAGGUGGUCUCCUCCAAGGGAUAUAAUAAGUCUGUGGACUGGUGGUCACUGGGAAUUCUGAUCUUUGAAAUGCUGUGUGGAUUCACUCCCUUCUGGGACAGCGGAUCCCCUGUCAAGAUCUACGAAAACAUUCUGCGCGGCAAAGUCAAGUACCCGCCCUAUCUGCACGACGACGCCGUGGAUCUGUUGUCGCAGCUGAUCACGGCUGAUCUGACCAAGCGUCUGGGAAACUUGCACGGUGGCCCAGCCGACGUGAAGAACCACGCAUGGUUCGCAGAGGUCACCUGGGACCGGCUGGCGCGCAAGGACAUUGACGCUCCUUAUAUUCCGCCCAUUCGAGGCGGACAGGGUGAUGCCAGUCAAUAUGACAAGUAUCCCGAAGAGACGGAACACUAUGGUGCGACUGGGGAAGAUGCAUACGGUCACCUGUUCCCCGACUUCUAA